UCCCACUCCAGAAAGCCACUGUGGGAGGACCAUGAGUAGCUCAUCAAUGGCGGUGGUUAUGGAUGCUUUGCAUCGACCAUCGAAACCUGUGCUAACGCCGUCUUCAUCUUCAACCUCAGCCUCACUUGACCGGAGUUUUAACUAUAAUAAUCAUCUAUCGAGCAGGUUCCUUCCACUCCCGAUAACUACCACUAGCAGCUUCACAUCACAUCGCAUCACUUCUCAAUUGCCCGUCCAAUCCUCCAAAUCAGGUCAUGGAUGUUCUUGGAUGCAAGACAACUCAACCUAUAAGGAUAUUGUAGUCAAUAAUGGAAGGAGGCAGGGUCCAUUUCGUUCUGUGUUUCCAUCUACGCCUGCAGAAGUUUCCUCUGUGAAGGAUCUCUUCGAGUUUAUAUGCUCAGGUCCCCUUAUGGACAAACUUGGAUUCACCCAAGAGACGGUAGCCAACUCUAUAGACAAGUGGCUAGAGAAGGGAUUUCACGUGUGUCAAUUGUUUAACCUCAAUGAGCUAUACCUGACAACACCCCAGAAAGCUAGAAUUUAUCACUACUAUAUCCCUGUCUACUUGUGGUGCGAACAGCAGAUAUCUGAUCACAGGUCCACGUUCAAAGAAGGAGAUGAUAUCCCUCCUUUGGUGAUUGGCUUUAGUGCUCCACAAGGUUGUGGGAAGACUACACUCGUCUUUGCUCUGGACUAUCUUUUUCGAACUUCAGGGAGGAAGUCUGCAACUAUAUCCAUUGACGACUUCUAUUUAACAGCUGAUGAUCAGGCUAAACUGAGAGAAAACAAUCCUGGCAAUUCUCUUUUAGAGUUUCGUGGAAAUGCUGGAAGCCAUGAUCUUUCUCUGUCUGUUGAAACACUGACAGCUCUGGGGAAAUUGUCUAAAGAAGGUUUGAAGAUGAAGCUGCCCAGAUAUGAUAAAUCUGCAUACAAAGGUAGAGGUGACAGAGCUGAUCCCUCCACAUGGCCUGAGGUUGAAGGACCUCUAACGGUAGUUCUAUUCGAGGGUUGGAUGCUUGGUUUUAAGCCUGUUCCUGGCAAAGUGGUCAAAGCUAUCGAUCCACAGCUAGAAAUAGUGAACAAAAACCUCGAGGCUUAUUAUGAUGCAUGGGACAAGUUCAUAAAAUCAUGGAUUGUCAUCAAAAUUAAAGACCCGAGUUGUGUCUACCAAUGGCGGUUACAGGCAGAGAUUGCCAUGAGAGAAGCAGGGAACCCUGGGAUGUCUGAUGAGGAGGUUAUGGAUUUUGUAUCAAGAUAUUUGCCAGCAUACAAGGCAUACCUUCCUACACUCUACACGGAAGGACCAAAGGGAUCAGAUUCUAAGCGCACACUUGUUGUUGAAAUUGAUGAAGAAAGAAACCCGAUCCUUGCUGGCUAAAUAGAGGUAACUACUACUACAGAUUCAUUGUCUUACUUGGUGUUCAUAGUCUUUAAUUUGUAUAUUGGAAAAGCCUACAUGGUAUAAUAAUAAUUCAAUUUUUUCUGUCCUAUUCUAGUGUAAAUGAAAGGUAUGCUACUUACACACUGCUUAAUAAAAGUAGUUCUCUCUCUC